AUGCAGCUUAAUGAACGCCCCCGGGCGCGCGCCACGAUACCGGAGAACGCACCCUCUGCGAUGGAGGCGUACGAGAACGGCAGCGCGACGCGGCGAAUGUCGACAUUCAUCAACAACAACAUGCGCGCCGUUCGUCGCCUAAUCGGCAUACCGACCACGGCUCUAGGCGAAGGGCUAAGCCCCUCCUCUCUCAGGGGAGACGACCCCCGACGCCGCCUUCGAGUCGGGGGUCUAGUCGAUCGCCACGCGCGGCACAGGGAGAUAAACUCGAGGACGUCAGGCCGCCGCACGCAAUCGGUAGCGGAGGAACUCAUGUCUUCCAUGAAGCUGAACCGCAGGGCGAAGGCCAUGUCAGACGGAUCGUCAGCGCUGGGGCACCGGACACCUCCGUCCCCGGGAGAAGAAGAAGAAGCGGUGUUUCCACGUUUUGCCAUGCGGUCCAAAACCAACACUGCGUCUUCUACGGGCAGUAACAACAACAGUACGGACUCGACAGCGGCUAUCCGGGCCACGGCGAAUGGGAUAAAUUUGCGAUCGCGGGGGUCGGGAUCUAGAGGAACGCCGUCGUCGCCGGCUUUGUCGCUGGAUGCGAGUUUGAAACGGGCGACGAGCAUGAGGGGCCGGACGAUGGGACAACAACAACAACAACAACAGCAGCAGCAUCAUUUACAGGGCUCCCGGACCCGAGCGUCUAGCUCGACGAGCACAUUGAGGUUGUUCAGGCUUAGGGAGCUUGUGGAGGGUCAGGGGCAUGGGCUCGGCCUUCAGGGGGGGGAGUGACGGGAUUCGAGGAAGGAUCCCGCCGACGUUUUAAAGCACGGGGAAUAUUCUAUGGACUGGACUCGGCGUUCUUUUGUACAUGCACAUAGAUGGUUGUCAAGCGAGUAUCACCAUCACCAUCACCACCCCCCUUUGGUGGAACGAAUGAAAUUUUUUCUACUUUUCACAACUUGACUCUCUUUCUGC